AUGGGCCGAGUUCCUCGUUUCUCAUACGAAGACUCGAAGUACAACACAGUUAUGGACGACUAUGGAGUGCCGUUGGACGAACGGGCCAGUGAGGGCGACACUGCCGGGCCGGGUGGCGACUGCUUCUGGAAGAACAACAUCAGCUAUGCCCUGCGAGGGUCCAUACUCAUUGAACUCGUGCUCAGACAGAGAAUUAGCAUUGUGAGGGACCCUGGACGCAAAUGCCUAUCUGGCAUUGACACUCUCAGAACGGAAAAGACGAACUUUUUGUUCUUUAGCGGACGCGCAUGUCAAGGCUGGCGCAGUCAACCGCGUGGUGCUAACAGGACGAGCACAGUUCCACCACAAGCCAUGGAUGCGGAAGGCCUUGUUUGCUCAGCCUACACCGCCUCCAUACUUGAUAACGCAUUUGGCCGACUAGGAUACGAGGAGCGGGAAGCGGCAUUUGGCAGAUGUAAUGAAAUACUUGCAGAGUUCGCUGGCCAUAGGUGCACUGACCGAGCAACGUUCUUCGACGACGAGGCGCGCUAUUGGGAUGAUGAGCAUGACCUUUGGAUUAAGCAUGUCCAGCAGAGGCCUUGCGGCAUUGCCAUAGACGCUUUUGUUGUCAUUCGCUUGGGUGUCCACUGCAAAGACCUCGAGCAAAACAUUACAAAACUUCCAGAUAGGUCUCCGACGACUUUGCGUCUACGUGUCAUGAUCACCAUCAUCAGCCCUUGA